AUGGCUACCAAUGCAAGCAACAUUACUCAUAACAAAGCGAACGGAGAAGAUUGGAUGCAUCUUCCCGCCUCCCACUGCAUUCCAUGGCUUGUCGUAUUCAGCAUUGAAAGUCUGGCCAUAGUCAUCCUCAAUGCCAUAAUCAUUGUUGUAUUUGUAAAGCAGCGUCAGCUACAGAAGAAGAGUACCUACUUACUCAUCCAUCUGGCCAUAGUCGAUUUCUUUGUCGGGGUGGUUUCUGGGCCUCUGGAGAUUGAAGACGUGGGCAGCAUGUACUGUGAUCUGUGGAAGUACGUUGAUCUUGAUUUCUGGUUAGCCAUGUCAAAGCAUGGCAUUGGGAAAAAUUUUCCUCAAAUCUCGCUUUUUAAUCUUGCUUUCAUUUCAUUAGAACGAGCACACGCAACAUUCCGUCCGUUCAAGCAUCGUUUUGUUAAGAAAUGGGUUUAUGGAGUGAUGAUAACAGUCGUUUGGUUAGUUCCUGUAGUCAGUAGAUUCUUAAACGGCCUUGAUAGCGACUCUAAAAUUCUCUAUGUCUUCUUCUCAUAUUUUUUCACUCUUCUUUUCGUUAUAUUAGUAUGUUAUGUUUCGAUUUAUAUAAAAGUUCGUCAUGGUCGUCUUCCUCAACAUCACGGUGCAACCGGUCUGAGGGAAAGAAAACUGACGAGUACAUUGUUUCUUGUCACCUUUGGAUCGUUGUUAACUUUCCUGCCAACGGUGGUGUUCUGGGGUGUGAUGGCUUUUGAUCUGUUAAAACAAGAAGUGGAAGAUAAGAAUGAGAUAUGUAAUCGAACAAAUGCCAACAGGGUUCCAUGCAUCUAUCAUACAAAGUUGGUAGGCCUAGAAUGUCAAGGUAUUCCCGAUUUGACAUUUCAGGGAGCCGUGGGGUAUGGUUUGAGAGAUUGUAGUUUCGUCAACAUACUUCCACGUGGAAGCGAUAACCUUGAGAUCAUUGAUCUUGAGCAGGAAAAGCCAGGGGCCGAGCUUGGUCCCUUAAGGAACUCCGGCGGGGACUGGGCCUCACCCAGAGAAGCAGUCGGAGGACAACUUGACGCGUUGGUGUCGAUUCGUGAAAAAGUCAGUCACCCAGACUUUGAUGCUGUGCGGCAUGUUGGGGCCGAUGAUCAUAGCGACAAGUAUCUUAUGUUCGAUAAGAUCAAAGGCCUUGCGAUAGUCAAAUAG